UUCUACUUUUUUGCUUUGAAGUGAACCGACUUCUACUUAGAUUGAGUUCAAUUGGUCGGAUAAAAAUGAAUAUUAUUUGCGUAUUACCAAAUUUACCCAAAAUUCUAUUGGAACAGGGGAAGGGCGGAAGGCCGAUUACUGACGCAUUCAUUCACCUUCUACUUAUCCUUCCCUCCUUUCUCCUUUCUCCUUUCUCUCUCUCUUCCAAUUUUACAGAUUUUAAACACCCAAAUUAACUGAUUAUUAUUUAUUGAUUAUAUUUACAAAAAUCACCAAUUUUUUUUUUUUUUUACUUUCUGUGUUUCUUUUGGUGUAACAUGCAGGAAUCAGACAGAUAUCAGGAAAGCUCUGCAUCAUUUUAAUUACUUCCAAGAUUAAAGUUGUCGCUGGGGAGGAUGUUUAGAUGAACGCAACUGUCAUGAGUGAACAACCGGUCCAACCGGUCCUCAAGACUUGCCACAAGAGAAAUAAAAAGAGCGGGACAGCUGUCAUGUAAAUGUUAGUCUGUGGAAUUGUUUUGAUAAGGUGUCUUAGUGAGUCUUGUGUUGACUCCUAUAUAAGGCCAACAUUGUACAUAUUCUGAUUUGUCAAAUAAGAAAUAAAAGAAAGGAUUGGAUUAGGAGCCUUACUGUAGCUCGAAUACUGUCUAUAUUGUGUGGUGUUCGUCUCUUCUUUUCUUAGUUUUCUUGUUUGAUUACUCACCUUAGCAAAUUGCAGACAUUGACAGAAGCAAUCUGUCACAAAGGUAUCAGAGCAUAGUUCGUUCUGUGGGAAGAUUUUUUUUUUUUUUUUCAAGAAUUCAUGGAUUCCCUUGAAGAAAGUUUAGCAAAAUUGAAGGAUGCUAUGGCAAGCCAGAUGAGGAUAGAAGUAGGGGCUGGUGGAGGAACGAUUUACCCGUAAGCAAGAGAAAACCGACCAGAUCUUGGCCGUUUUAUUGGAGGGACAGGGAAAAUUGUUCCAGAGAGAAGAGAAGGAGGAGCCGGUAUGUCGACGGUGGUCGUCUCAGGACGAAACUGAUGGGGAAUGGAAGACUUACCGGAAUCGAAGGAUGAAUGAGAGAGAGGCCUUGAUUGAGGAGGACGUCAGUGGUGGAGAGCGGUGCAAUUGGCGGCUACUGAAAUUGGAAAUACCCCCUUUUAGUGGGGAAGAUCUGGAUUCUUGGAUACGGAAGGCAGAAAAAUAUUUUUCCUUUUACCAGUCAAAUGAGAGAGAGAAGUUGGAGGCGGCGACGGUGAGUUUCGAGGGGGAAGCCGAGAUGUGGUUUGAUUGGGAGGAGCAAAAUGGCACUAUGCGGAAUUGGUACAACUUAAAGAAGUUGAUUCAUGGUCGGUUUUGGCCGUGGGAUGAAAGAGAGAUGUGAAUUUCGGUUGGCCGCGGAGCAAACGGGGACAGUGGCCGAUUAUUGUCGGGAGUUUGUGACUAGGUUAACACACUUGGGAAGGAAGGAGGAGAGUUUGAUGGUGCGAGCUUUCUUGAGAGGGUUGAAGGAGGAGAUCAAAACUGAGUUAAAGAUGUUGGGCCCAUUAAUUUGGGUCAAGCAAUGUCAUGGGCCGAAGAAAUUGAGGCAAAGGUGGCGACCCAAUCUUGGUUGGGAAGAAGAAUUGAACCAGCCCAAAAACCUUACCCAUUUAAUAACCGAAAUUACCCAGCUCAACCCUACCCAGUUCAACCUUAUAACUGACCCAAAAAUUACCCCACCCAAAAUUACCCAAAACCCCCCCCACAAUAAUGCCAUAAAUAAUUCAAGAACCCCUUACCCACAGCCAUUUCGAAAUAGAGAGUUCAGUGGGAAUAUGGCAAGUUGCAAUAAUCCAAUCUUCGAGGACCGGAUUCGGCGACUUACCGACAAGGAGUUUAGGGAAAAACGGGCGAAAGGUUUAUAUUUUUAAUGCGAUGCCAAGUGGUCCGUAAAUCAUGUUUGUAGUAAGAAGGAAUUGAGUGUGCUUAUCGGGAGUGUCGAGGAUGAUGUCAAGGCCGCCAAUGAAAAUGUUGUGGAAGAAACGAAGGUCGAGGAGGAUAAUGAUUCUAUAAUUUCGUUAAAUUCAGUCGUCGGCAUUACCAAUCCCAAAACAAUGAAAAUGUUGGGGCGAAUUGGGACGGAGGACUUGAUAAUGAUGAUCGAUUCGGGAGCAACCAAGAACUUCAUUUCCAAUAAAGCUGUGCAGAAAUUGGGAAUUACGUUUGAAGAAUGUGAAAGUUAUGGGGUAAUCUUGGGAAAUGGGGAUGAGAUAUUGGGAUAAGGAGUUUGUAGGAGGGUGACUUUACACUUGCAGGGAUUGUUGAUAGAGCAAGAUUUCUUAUCUUUAGAGUUGGGAAAUUCCGAUGUGAUCCUUGGGGUGCAAUGGUUGGAGACUUUGGGCCUGAUGACUUCAAAUUGGAAGACGUAGACUAUGCAAUUUUUGUGGGAAGGAAGAUCGGUGUUGUUGGUAGGCGAUCCUUCGUUGAAACGACGCGAAUUUGCUUGAAGGCGAUGAUCAGGGAAUUACGAAUGGAAGGAGGAGGAACCUUUGUUGAGUAUAAUGGUAUAGAGAAUUGUUUGAAAGAGGUUCCUAUUCCGGCUGAAUUGAUGGGUUUGUUUGAGGAGUAUUUCGAUGUGUUUCAACCGUUAACAACCCUACCACCCACUCGACAACAAGACCAUGCCAUGAACUUGAAGGAGGGAACCAUCCGAUUAAUGUAUGCCCUUAUAGAUAUCCCCACAGUCAAAAGAAUGAGAUUGAACGUUUAGUGAAGGAUAUGUUGAAAGCCGGCUUGAUACAACCAUCCAUAAGUCCAUUCUCAAGCCCCAUUAUCUUGGUUAAGAAGAAGGAUGGGUCUUGGAGGUUUUGUGUCGAUUAUAGAGCAUUAAAUAAAGUUACGGUGGCGGACAAGUAUCCCAUUCCGAUGAUAGAUGAAUUGUUAGAUGAGUUACAUGGUGUACGGAUCUUUACUAAGCUCGAUCUUAAGUCGGGCUAUCAUCAAAUCCGAAUGCGGCAACAAGAUAUACAAAAGACCGCGUUUAGGACUCAUGAAGGGCAUUAUGAGUUCUUAGUCAUGCCUUUCGGAUUAACAAAUGGUCCAUCUACGUUCCAAUCUUUAAUGAAUGAAAUAUUUCGACCCUAUUUACGGAAGUUCGUCUUAGUAUUUUUUGAUGAUAUAUUGAUGUAUAGUAGAGACGAAGACGUGCAUAAGCACCAUGUCGAACUAGUGCUCCGGUGUUUGUGGGAAAAUGCUAUGGUGGUGAAUGGUGGAAAAUGUGAAUUUAGUGUUAGACGAGUGGCUUAUUUGGGACAUAUCAUAUCCGAGAAAGGGGUAGCGGUGGAUGAUGAGAAGGUAGAAGCUAUGUUAGAUUGGCCGACGCCUAAAAAUUUGAAGGAAUUGCGUGGGUUUCUUGGACUUAUGGGAUAUUAUCGGCGUUUCGUGUAAGGGUAUG